AUGUUGAAUCAGUCGUCGUCUUCUUCCACUAAAAAUUAUAUUGAUGUUUGUGGCGAGAUUAGCGAAUGUAAUACUACGGCAGCUUCGCAGCAGCGUCUUCUUAGCGGUGGUACUGGUUCUAGACAGUUGAAGCAGGAGGAGUCAAUUGUUGCUGCUACCAGUGUUUGUGCAGUCACUAAUGAUACACCUAACAUGAGCACUCAUGAUGAGGCUGGUUGCAUGGCAAGUCUGUUUCAUACCCCCCCUUGGGCAUCAAUGGCUAUUCUUCCGCCACAUAAUUUAGCCCAGCAGCAGGGAGGCGUCACACGAGAAGUUGUUGGAGGUACAAAUCAUCCAUUAGCGAUGCGUUAUUCAAGUUUUGAUGGAACUGCUGCUGCUGCUGCUGCUGCUGCGAAGGAUCCUAUGAAUCCGAUGAAUGCACCUCUUUAUCAAUUUCAAGAUUUGGAUAUGAUAGCAAGUAUAGUGGCUAAGGAACAAGCACUACUGAAGAUGAAUACAGCAGCCGCAGCAUCAAGCACUGCAGAACAUGGUCGUUUGGCAGGCUUUGCUAUACCGAGUCGCGCACAUACUCAGGUUAUAGUUAACGGAGCACGAGAGAAUAUGUCAUCACCAAGUGAAAUGUCACCAACUUCAUGCUCUCCAUCAUCAUCCGACACAUUGCAAAGCACCCAAGGGGGGACCAGUACUGCAAUUCAUGCACAUAACGAACAUCCCGGCCCGGAAGACACUGCGCCCAAAAGUGGGAAUGAAUCACCUGUUGAUGUGACGAGUCUCAUGAAAGAAAAUGAAAUGGAUGUGGGCUAUUUCGUUGUAAGCCACUUGAACGGAAAUUUAGGCAACAGAGAUCUAAUGCCGUUUAUUUCUGUCAAUCAACUAACACCAUCGGCCUCUGCAGUAGGCUCAUUCAGUCUUGCUUAUCAGCAGCAUAGCCUAGGACCAAGUAAUAGUUCUCAACAGCAGCAAGCAAGCAAUUCACGAGAAAGCAAUAUUCAGAGCGGUACUACAACGCUUCGUUCUAGGCAUCGCUCGAGCCAUCACGAUGGCCUUAUCAAAUGUCAUUAUUGCCCUAAAAAGUGGGCCGACCAAGCUGUGCUGCGAGUUCAUAUGGAAGAAUGUCGAUUGUUACGAAUGCAUGAAUGUCAACAAUGUGGUAAACGUUUCAAAGCACGCGGUGGUUUGCAGCAGCAUUUACGCAUACAUUCGAACGAUCGUCCGUAUCAAUGCCGUUUUUGUCCGAAGCGUUUCACUCAAAAGUCACAUGUCGAUCAGCAUGAAAGGAUCCAUACUGGUGCCAAACCAUUUUCUUGUCAAUUUUGUGGUCGCGCGUUUCGACAGCGUUCUCAACAGCUUGGACAUGAAUCAACCCAUGCCAGUGGACCCCUUUCGAUGAGUGCGCAUUUACCGCAUGCAAGCUCUCAUCAUAUCAAAUUUGAAAAUGCAAAUGCCGAUCAAGGAUGCAGCCAAACAGCAGCUGGGGAUGCCAGCAGUGUUGAAAGAAGUGCAGCUGUACAGCAGCAAGCGGUAACAGCGGUAGCUACCGCAGCAGCGGUUGCAGUAGCAGCACAACAGGACCGCUUAAACAGUUCGGGGAGCAGUACCUUGAGUUUGAUGUCACCGAAUGGUACUGGAUUGGCACAUAGUGCAGUCAGUUCACUGUUAGCAUUAAGUCAGCAGCAGCAGACUCAAGGAAUGGCGAUGUCACAAAGUACUCAGCAGACUAUUGCCGAUGCUAUCGGUGCAAGGAAUAGUGCAGUGUGA